AUGUUGUUUCAAACUACAGUGCUAUUCUCGAUAUUAUCGACUCUUGUCUCUGCUUCAUGCUCACUCUCUUCCGAUGGUAACUAUUACUGUUCCCAAACUUCUAAAGUUAUCUUUGAAGGUGUUGGUUUUUCCGGCUCAUAUAAGAAAGUUACGGACAUGAUUGAGUCUUCUGGUACUUGUUCCCAAGAAACUUUUAACUUCUCUGGUAACUUAUCGCCAUUGGACGAAGAGUUGUCUGUUCAUUUCAGAGGUCCCUUGCAUUUGUUACAAUUUGGUGUCUACUACCCAGUAGCUAACAACAAAAAGAAGAGAGACGCGGAUUCCACAGAUUGUGUUACAAAGCAACACCACAAACACAGAAGGGCCGUCGUGUAUGGUGAAGUUACCCAAACCGUUUAUGUUGAUGCUAAUGGAAAUACAGUCGCAGGCUCAUCUUCAUCAACUCCAACUACAUUGGUUUCCUCAAUAGCUAAUGCGGUUGGUGGAUCUGUUUCUUCAUCCCUUACAACUUUGGAAACAGCCACCGUCUCAACUUCAAUUGCUUCAACUUCAAGUGCUUCUUCAGCUACUUCAAGUCCAGCAUCUAAUGGUGGUUCUUCGACUGCUAAUACAGGCGAUUGGGAAAGAGCUUCCUACUAUUCCGCUGGUUCUUCUUUUGACAAUGUUACCUUUAUGAACUAUUACGGUGGUUCCGGUUCUGGUGUGUGGUCCGCCAGUUUCGGUAACUCUAUUUCUUACUGUAACUCUGAUGCUUCUGGUGGUUCAGCUAAAUCAGUCGCAUUGGAUAGCACAACUAUUAAGUCCAACGUUGAAUUUAUGAUCUUCUCCUCUAAUGCUUGUUCUGGUAAUGACUGUGGUUAUUACAGAGAAGGUAUUCCAGCUUACCAUGGAUUUGGUGGUGCUGAAAAGAUUUUUGUUUUCGAGUUUCAAAUGCCUUCAGACACUUCUGGUAACGGUUACAACCAAGAUAUGCCUGCUAUCUGGUUAUUGAACGCUCAAAUCCCAAGAACUUUACAAUAUGGUGAUGCUUCUUGUUCUUGUUGGAAGACUGGAUGUGGUGAAUUAGAUUUGUUUGAAAUCUUAUCUGCUGGUUCUGACAAGUUGAUUUGCCAUUUACAUGAUGGUCAAGGUGCUGCUCCAUUUUCUAACAAUGGUGGUGGAGGUUCUCAAAACUACUUUGCUAGACCAACUACUGGAACUAUGAAGGCUGCUGUUAUCUUCACAGGUUCAGAUAUCCACAUUAUGGAAGUUGAUGACGAUUUCAGUGCUAUUUUGUCUGCUGACACUGUUUCUGGAUGGGUCAACACUCCUGGCUCAGUUGCUUCUAUUGGUUACUGA